AUGACAUCUUUCUACACAAACACCCUCGAAACCCGCACCGCCUCAGGGCAACUCUGCAAAGCAUUCGGAAUCAAAAUAUCACCCAACGCACAAGUCGUACAAAUCGCACGCAACGCCGGUUUCGACUGCCUCUUCAUCGACCUGGAACACGCCUGGCUGACGCUGGCCGAGACAAGUAAUCUCUGCAACGUCGGGCAUUUAUGCGGAAUCACCCCGUUCGUGCGUGUACCGCACCAGUGCGGAAAUGGCUAUGUACAGCGCGUUCUGGAUGGAGGCGCUAUGGGUGUUGUUUUUCCGCAUAUUCAUAAUGCAGAUGAUGCAAAGGCAGCCGUGAAGAUAAGCAAGUACCCCCCGCUCGGCUGCAGGUCCAUGACAGGCCAGAUGCCGAUUUUCAGAAUGCGCGGGAUGGCAGUAGAUCAGACGAUUGAAUUCUGCAAUAAGUCGGGGUCCACUGUAUUCGCUAUGAUCGAGAGCAGGGGUGCCGUGGAACGCGUAGAUGAGAUUGCCGCCGUCGAAGGCGUGGAAGUUGUCUUGGUAGGCUCGAUGGAUCUCACCAUCGAUCUGGGCAUUGGCGGGCAGUUUGAUAAGUCUGAGUAUCGGUCGUCGCUUGAGAAGAUCAGCCAGGCUUGUCGUGUCCAUGGGAAGGUGUUUGGUGUGGCGGGCGUCUAUGACAAUCCGGCAUUGCAGGACUGGAUAGUCAAUGGGUUGGGAGCGAGGUUCAUGCUUGUUCAGCAGGACUUGUCGUUACUAUCAAGCGGCUGUGUUAAAUCAGUCAAGGCUCUACCGUCUGUAAAUUAA